AUGUUCCAGCCACACAAAGAGAAUAUUCCAUGCCUGUCAUCGUGGAAAGAGGAGUCAGAAGACUCAGUUAGCAUCAGAGCAUCCAAAGACGAUAGUUUCGUCUUUGAGGAGAAUCUGCAAAUAUUGCCUCACUCACCUACAAKGCGAUGGCAGGUAUCAUGGUUAAUAUAUCUACUUGUUGCUACAGCUGGGAUUAUCUCGAUAUUUACUGCCAUCUAUAUUUCAAAGGAGAAGAGUCACACAUGUGAUGGUCUUGGUGAAGUCUUGGACACCGAGCUACGGUCGGUACAACCUGCGAUUGAAGUUCAAAAAAUACGUUUCGGCGGCACUCUGGGAUUUACGGAAAAUAGCACACUCAUCCAGAUAUUUUGGGACCCCAACGCUCCAAGGUACACUGGGGACCCAAGCGAUGAGCUGGAUGCCCGCUGGCACAGCUUGUACCAGGCCGACGGUGUGGAUCUCCGCGGUAUGGAAGCCGACACAAUACGAGGAAAGACCUUGGAGAAACCCGGCGGCUGGUCGAUCGACAUGCUCCGGCAAGCGUUGCGUCCUGACUACUACMCCCGACACGAUCCAGAACCUGCCUAUACAACACACAUACAUCACUGUCUUGAUCAUAUCCGACAAGCAGUGAUGUGCCACGUAGAUGUGACGCCACUCCCCGUUCUCUGGGCUGAGAAGGAGGAUCGUCCUCUGAAUGAUUUUCAAGUGGAACACACUUGUCGGAACUUUUGGAAGGUGAGAGAUUGGGCCUUGGAGCGUGAUGCCCAUAAACACAAGUACAAAUAUAAUCAUCCUCAUUAG